CCCCCUCCAUUCGCAUCACCGACGUGACGAGACACGAGGGCGAUUGGAGGCUAGGGUUCCCGCCGCAUCGCACCGAGGGACGGAGGCGAUUGAUGGCGCGACGCGGGCGCGUGGAGCUGCGGCGGAUCGAGGACAAGGCGAGCCGGCAGGUGCGCUUCUCCAAGCGCCGCUCGGGGCUGUUCAAAAAGGCGUUCGAGCUCGCCCUCCUCUGCGACGCCGAGGUCGCGCUGCUCGUCUUCUCCCCCGCCGGAAAGCUCUACGAGUAUUCCUCCACCAGGUCAAACUACUACAUUGCAAUUGGCCCAUCCAUGCGCCAUCAAAGACCACCUCAAGCCCAAGCGUCAGAAGGUGGCGGCAUAGAAGAUACAUACGAGCGUUACCAGCGAUUUGCGGGGGCAGGAAGAAAUGCUAAUGAAGGAGACCAAAAUAAUAACGAUAACCAGGAUGCUGCUGCUUCAGAUUUACAGUACAAGCUUAGGGAGAUCGCAACAUGGUCUGAACGAAACAAUGCUGACAAGUCAGAUGCCAAUGAACUAGAGAAACUGGAGAAACUCCUAACAAAUGCUUCGAGGGAUACCAAAACCAAAAAGUGGAUUCUGCUGCCUUGGUAUUCCAGACCAUUGAUGUUGGCUAAACAAAAUAAAGGUGGUGCUGGGGCAAGUACAAGCAGCCAGAACAGCAAUGGACCUACGAGACAGGAUUAAGAAAUGGCUCUCAGCAAAUCAGCACAGAGCAAAAACUUCUGUGCAAUUGGCAAAUGAAACGGGGCAUGCAUCAUCUGUUGAUACCAGUGUCUCCUACUAUCGCUGGGUAGCUGAGAUCUGUCUAGAUCGCUGCUGGCAAGAUUUGCAGGGAAAGGGAAAUUCAAUAACAGGAUGCGCAAAUGGUGCCAGCCUUGCCAAACCUGACCUUAUGUUGUUGUACCUUGUGAUCCCUAGAAUUGCGCUUGCAGAGUGGUCUUUAUACUGGUUGUGAGCUUAUGUAACCUUGUGAUGUUUGCUUGGAUCUGUCAAAUAUGCAGUGACCCUUGAGGAAUUGUGGUUUCGUGCUCCUU